AUGAACCUUGCCGCAUCCAAAGGCGCCGCGUCGACCGGGAGGGUUGCCGUGCUCAAUGUGGCAAGACAUGCGAAUCAGGAGCCAGAACUCAAGAAGAAGCGCUUAGCUAUUGCUCCAUCGCCACUACUAUCCGUUCAAGCAGCUCAAGGGCAUGUUAUAUAUAGCCCUGAUGUUGUUGUCAUUCGUUCCGACUUGACACCCGGCCAUAAACUCCCGGCGCCAGAAACGCUGGUGCAAGACCUCCCUGUCGUGAGCGUGCUGGGUAUCGCGGCUCUGCGAUGUCCCCAAACAAAACCUCUUCAAGGCAACAGCCCAGCGGGCGGCGCAGUUAAAAGAUUGAUUUACGCAGAUCCCGCAGACCGAGAUCUGGCCAACGCCAGGAUGAGGCUCUGUCUCAGAAUGGCGGCCCGCAGAAAUCACGGCUUGCUCGCUCUAGAUGCCCUCGGCAGUGGCACAUUCAAAAACCCAAAAGAGUAG